AUGUUCUUCCUCACGACAGGACAACAGAUUCGCUUCAUUCUAAUACAGAACCGUGCCGGCAAGACGCGGCUAGCAAAAUGGUACAUGAACUUUGACGAUGACGAAAAGCAGAAAUUGAUUGAGGAGGUGCACGCCGUCGUGACGGUGCGUGACGCAAAGCACACAAACUUUGUCGAGUUCCGGAACUUUAAGAUCGUGUACCGUCGGUACGCCGGACUGUACUUCUGCAUCUGUGUCGAUGUGAACGACAACAACCUGUGCUACCUGGAGGCGAUUCACAACUUUGUCGAGGUGCUGAACGAGUACUUUCACAACGUGUGCGAGCUGGAUCUGGUGUUUAACUUCUACAAGGUGUACACGGUCGUGGACGAGAUGUUCCUGGCGGGCGAAAUCCGCGAAACAUCUCAGACGAAGGUCCUCAAACAGCUGCUGACGCUGAACUCGUUGGAAUAA